AGGAAAUGGAGGAUCUACUGGUACCGUACACUGUAACGGUACUGUAGAGGGGAAGUCGCGAGGGGGGAAGCGGAUAAGCCGAAGUGUGCCACAGUUGGUACGGUAGCUUCAAGUUGGAUGUCAAGUUGGAUGUCACUGACAUCAGUCCUUUGACGCUGACCACAAAACGCUCGGAUCUCAAGAGUCGAGUCCAUGCCGAUUACUCUCCAUGCAUAAGAACUGCGAAGGCAUAAGAGAGCCAGUUAUUAUUAGUCCACAACCAUAUGAAAAUAGAAAAUGAGACCAUCCUCUCUGUAUAUAACGCUGCUGGUGGUCCUUUCAGUUCUGGAGCUGGUGUACGGAUUUGUGGUGGUGGUCCCUCCUCCAUCAGCAGUAGCAUCUCCCCGCCAACAAUCAUGGACGUUGCUGUUUGCCAGUGGUAAAAAGACGAAAAAGGGAGGCAUGGCAGAAAAACGCAAACGUCGUUCCCAAGCUCGCCAACAACGACAACAAGCCUUGAUGGAAGCGAAUGCGCAACUUCCCGCUUCCAAAUUGGAUUUCAAGACUCCACCACCUCCACCCACCCCCACGGCUCCGGGUGGAUCUGCGACCGUGGAAGAGCUGGAACAAGAAGCCACCAACAGCAAGGCGCGAGAAUUGGUCGAGACGCAACGAGAAUCCGUCAAUAUGUUGACGCAUGUGACGGAACAAUUGGAAGCCAGUAGUAGUCGUCUGGAGGAGCUGUCGUCGCAAGAAGAAGGAUAUGUGGUGAUUGACAAUUUACUCGAUGAGACUGUGGUGCAACAAUUGCAAGACGAAUCGAUGGCACUUUACGAACAAAAUGAAAUGACAGCCGAUGUCAGCCAAUUGGGUACGGGAGAAUUCAUUACGGCGAUUCAAGGAGGGGCCGAACAGUAUCCCAAAUGUCCACGCACUAUUGAAUGGGUCGUGGCGGUCACGGGAAAACUGGCGGCACUCUGCAAUAGUCAAUUGCAAGAUGCUGUAGAACUGGAGGAUCGAGCCUGCAGUCGUGCCGUGGCACGCCUCUUUGAUCGAUCCUCGCUCCAGGCAUCCUUGCAUUUGCUCAUGGGACAAGACAGUCCCGAGGCGGUGCAACAUGCCAUUCAAAACUUGAAACCGGCAUCAUUGCAAACCGUUAUUGAACGAGAUCAAGAAGACGACGAGGAGGAGGAGGAUUUCCGAAAAAUAUCCGUCUGCUACUUUUUGACGGAUCCAACCUGGAACGAAGAUUGUGGAGGUCACUUGACAUUUGCCACAGGUAGUACAACGGAAGGUGCAACAACAACAACCACUAUUAUUGAGGCGCUUCGAAAUCGACUCGUCAUUUGGAGAUCCGACACCACGAGGGUACGACGAGAGCCAUUUCGGGGCAGUGAGAUUCUCACCACAGCCAGUACCAUAGAACUGCAUCUUGUACAAAAGCAGCAGGGGUAGGUUAUUCUGGCAAGAAGUAACCAAGGCAACUUCAGCUAGUAGUGGUUGCUCCACCGUCGGCAAUCAGCAACUCUUGCGCUUUGCCGAUGCGAAGUGCUUCGUCUGAUGGAAUGGUGACAAUACUAUUGUUUUCUUCUCGGCAUUACUUAGUUAUUCUCUCGCUCGUAUGCCAAACUUCUAGGGUCUAGGAGGAAGCACUCAUCGUUCUGUUUCCCCCUUCUGUUUUGGUCCAUGCCCGACAGUCGAGCCGAUGAGUGUUGUCGCUGCCCCCCAAAAGCCAAAGCAAUUCAAGCCAGCUCAGGCCUCGUCUACAAUGCAUCAGCCAAGAUCUUUUAGUUAGACGGACC